AUGGCUUUCGGAACCAUCUAUACUCACAACCCGAAUCCCCGCUCGACCGCAAUCCUCGCCGUCGCCCGCGCGCAGGGGAUCGAACUGGACAUCGUGUACGCCGACAAGACCGAGAACCCGGAGAACUAUGCGAGACUCCUUCAGGUCAACCCGCUGGGCCAAGUUCCGACCCUGGUCGGGAAUGACGGCCACGUGCUGACCGAGUGUAUCGCGAUCGCGCUGUACAUCACAGGCCAGAGUGACACGACCCCGCUGCUGGGCGCCACGCGGCGCGAAUUCUACGAGAUCGUCAAAUGGAUGUCGCUGGUGAACGCGGACCUGCUGCCCGCUGUCGGGGCGCUCAUUCUGCCCUUGCUCGGCAAAGGGAAGCCGGUCAAUGGGCCCCAGGACUGCGGCGAGUGCCUGCGCAUCGUGCGUCGCGACUGCCGCUUGCUCGACGACCAUCUUCGGCAGCCCCAGCAUCGCUACCUCGUCGGCGCCCAGAUGACGCUGGCUGAUCUGUUUGUCGUCGGCAUGCUGUUCGGCGCCGUCAUGGUCCUCCACCCCUUGCUGCGCGCAGACUACCCCCGCUUCUGGGAGUGGUAUUAUGAGGUCUACGAGACGCCAAUGUUCAGGGCCGUGGCGGGCGAGUUGCGCUUGCUGGAUAUUCCCAUGGCGACGGUGACAGGCGAGGCGGCCGAGUAG